UCCUAGACAGGCAGCUCACUUUAAAGCCUAAUUACCGACCCACCGUGAGAUAAUCGCUUCUGACAGCAACCCCUCUCGCCUCACAUCCUGUCCCGUCCGUCAGCUACUAACUGGGAGACAACCCAAAAUGACACCCGACCUCUCCUUCCCUCCCUUUCCUUUCUCUUGGCAUCUUUAACUUUAUUCCCCCGUUCUUCUCAUGGGAACCAACCCCCCCGGCUCUCACACUGACCCGGGACAGGUCUUGCGUAUUUUCUGUGUUGUGCAGUAUUUUAUUUAUUUUUAAUUGUUAUUUCUUCUUAUUUUUUAAUUAUUAUAUUUUUACAAAUUGUUUGGAUUUCCAUAAACGGGCGUGUGAGUCACUGUCACUCGGGAGAUGUUGUCAUAUGAUUUUAAUUUAAUAUGCAUUUUUAUUAUUCUUCUCGGCCAGCAGCGCGAUUUCUCAAAAAAGGUACAGUUCAGUUGUUUGUCUAGAAACGCCUCUGUGUAUUUUCUUGGGAGCUGACAGGAGGAACACUUAAUAAUAAGGACAAAAAAACACACGGCUAAUUAAUAUGGGCAUGACUCCUGGCGAUUUAAUGUAGGAAUGAAUUCAGGGUGGAUUGCAUUCCUGUUCCUCAACACGUCACUGGCGUAAGUUCAAGUGAUUAGUUGACGCAUUACUGGAUCAUCAAUUAUUGAUUAGCUCACAGGUACUUUAUACAUGAAUUUAUAUACCAUUAAGUUAGCUGGAAUCCAGUUUUUUUUUUAAUCAAACUGUUAGUCAGAUAACAUUGACGUGUUGCUGCAGAAAUCAUCUCUUGUAUUGUUGGCAGGUCACAGAUGGAUCAGGUCAGUCAGUCGGUCCACUUUGGUCCAAAUGUAAUAUCUCAAAAACUAUCGGAUGGAUUACCAUGAAACCUUGCACCGUCAUGCAUGGUCCCCAGAGGAUGAGUCCUACUGACUUUGGUGAUCCUCAGACUUCCUCUAGUGCCACCAUCAGGUCAAAAUGUUGGUUUGUCCAAUACUUUAAGGCAGCAGAACUCAUCACAUUCCCAUCAGCCUUAGCUGUACUUCAUGUUAAGUGAUAAUUAGCACUUAAGCUAGCUAACAUGCUAGACUAAGAUGGUGAACAUUAUACCUCAUAAACGUUAGCAUGCUAGCGUUGCGAGCACGUUAGCACCCUGACGUGAGCAUCGAGCUGGUCGGUAGAGUAAAACAGCUUCGUAUUUCUAUUAGAACAGGUGCUGCUUUGCUUUCAGAGCGGCUGAUCAAAUGCAUGGGUCUGAAAUGUCCUCUGCUAUUAUCCCUGUCCAAAGAAAACAAUGUAUAUACAUUUAAAAUUUAAUUUUCCUGAUACUUUCAUGGGUUGAGAGAAAUCUCCUAUUUAUUACGCUAAAUAAACCACUUGAAAAGCUCCGUUUAAUUGGUGAAAAUGUGUGGUCGCAGAGCAGAAAGCACGUUUUUCUUAGCUUGUGAAAAGUAGACAUUUCAACGACGCGUGGUUUUAACAGAACAGCGAUGCUACUGCACGGAACUGGAUUCCAGCUAGCUCGGUGGCAUCUGAAUUUAACGUACGACCAAACUUUGAGUUCAUUAACCGUUGAUCCAUUGAGUGUUCUCUCACGAACUCACAGUGACUUGAUCAUAUUGAGGAAGAGGAAUUCGUGGCCCAUCCUGCAUUCAUUCAUGCAUCAAAUGACCAUGACUCAUGUUAUGUAUUAGUUCUGCAUUUACUUACAGCGUGUUUGUACCUCCAUUAUAAAGUGUCGCCCUGGCUUUCUACACCGAUGAUGAAGCUGUUGAUCCUUUAGUUAACCAUGGUGUUAGUGAACAAUUGAAUACCAAUCACCAGUGUUUGGAUGCUUGUUAAGGUGGUCACAGUUUUCUCAAACACAGUUUAAUUUAUUUAAGAUUCUUUCCCCACGCUUGUCAUGAGACGGUGCAGCAGAUGAGGCACAUGAUGUGAGAGAGCGGACCGCGUUGAAUGUGUUUCUGUUGAAGUGCUCUAUACAUACUGGGGUCUAUAUGGGAUUGCCGAAAGUCAAACCCUCCCCCAACUCCCAAGUUCAUAAAGUUAAGUGACCACAGUUCCACCCUGUGGUUCACAGUUGUUAGUUUUCCGAGGGAAAAGCUGGGGGAGUUUUUUUUUUUUUGUUAGAAAAUAUCAGAUUGCAUGCAGGGAUGGAUAAGCACAGGGCCGUUGCCAUCUCAAUUCCUCUCCAACUUGAGUCACACACAGAUGUGAACAUGUGCGGAGUAUAUGUAGAGCAUUUUUGGCUGCAGCAUAUGUGUUUGCAGUUGUGAGGACACUGGGAAUAAGGCCACUAUUAUCAGUCGUUACUCUUAAAGGUGUUUUCAAAAAUCUCCACAGGCAACCGUGACGAGCAGCUCAACACUUGGCUGCCAUGACCUAAAUGAUAGAUAAAAGGGAAAGUCAACAAUGUGUAUAUUAUGUCUGUAUGGAAACCUGAAAGUUCAGAUCCAAUCGUGGGUGUUUGAUGUCCGUUUGUAUGCUUUUUGUGUGUCGAUUCAGAGCGAGAGAAUAAAUUAAUUUAUAUAUUUUUUAGAAAAUGAAAGCUGUACUAUUAUUAAAGAAAAAAAAAAAAAAAGGACUGUGGCCAAUAAAGAGUCUUACACGACAGAAAUAAUCUCAAAGUCAGACUCAAGUCGACAUCUGCACUCACUGCCUUAACAUAUUCACAGGUUCUGUUUCACGGCUCCAAUCCGAGAAAAAUCAUAAAAAGGCUUUUUCGAGGAGGGCAAGGAGAAGACGGUGUACAGUAGACCCUUGUCAGUUUGUACAAAUAUACUAAGUGAGAAAAAAAAAAAUAUUUAUUACCUGCAUUGGAAGACAUUGUUUACUUAUUGAAUGUUACCUGUUUAUGUAGAAAAGUUUAGAUGUAAUAAAAUGCAUUGUGCUAUUUCUUUGUGUGUUUUCCCUUAUUUGGAACGAUGGGGCCUGGGGGAACGUGUUGACAUUUUUUAACAGCCUGUUACACUUGGAAAUGAACACUGGGUGGCAGUCGUUUUCAUCCAACUUUCCCCCCUGCUUUGAUGAUACAAAUCCAAUUACGCACGCUCUGUCAGCUCUAGAGGGUGACUUCCUGGUUGUGACACUAGCUUUAUAUAACAUGAACAUCUGCAAUUAUUGACUACACUUUUAUUUUUGGAUUUAAAGUGAUGGGGAAGCCUUGCGCUCCGAGGAGCCUGCGUUACGCACAAGCCAUCUGUCCUAAUGCGCGCCAAUAAACACCUCAACCCCGCCAUUCCUGUCAUGCUGUCAGAGAAGAGAAGUGAUGUUGGAUGAUGGUGCGCGUUGGAGAGGAUAGGAGGGGAGAGGACAGCAGGGUGGGGUGGACACAGACGGAGUAGCCUAGAUGGUAUGGCAUCAUGUACUGAAGUGGCACUCCAAGAUCCAGCUCUAUUUGGACAGAAAUGUUUUAAUCUGUUUUAAGUAUAGACUCCUCACUGACGAGAUUAUCUGUGUAAAGUGUAGCCAACGUGAGCUGCUGACAUUAUGAAUGAAGAAAACGAGAGCGUUUGUUUGAACGGGUCACUGAUGGGGCGGGAAUGCUUCAGCAACCUGGAGGACAUCGACGUGACCGCUGACGGGAGCCCGGUUCUGAGGUUCCUCAUCUGCCUUGUUUAUUCUGUUGUAUGCGCUGCGGGUCUGAUGGGCAACCUGCUGGUCAUCUUCUUCAUCAGGGUCAAACAAGAGAGGAAGAAGUCCACGGUGAACUUGUUCGUGCUCAACUUGGCAGUGACGGACUUGCAGUUCGUGCUCACUCUGCCCUUCUGGGCCGUGGACACCGCGCUGGACUUCAGCUGGCCGUUUGGAGACGCCAUGUGCAAAAUCAUCCUCUCGGUCACCGUGAUGAACAUGUACGCCAGCGUGUUUUUUCUCACUGCCAUGAGUGUGACCCGCUACUGCUCAGUCGCCUCGGCUCUGAAGAGCAGAACCAGACAGAAGUCCUGUCCCGCCAAAUGGACCUGCGCAAUCAUUUGGACACUGGCGACUCUGGCGACUGCGCCCACGUCCAUUUUCUCCACUGUCAGCAACGUAACUGGAGAAAAACUCUGUUUGCUGAGGUUUCCUGGUGGUCAGUACUGGUUGGCAGUUUAUCACAUACAGAAGCUACUUCUUGGCUUUGUGUUGCCGAUGUCCAUCGUGUCCAUCAGCUACGUAAUGCUGCUGCGUUUCGUUCGCAAUCGGACUAUGAAAACAAGCAACCCCAAACGGAGAUGCCAAGUUACAAAAUCUAUCACCAUCGUCGUGUUGUCCUUCUUCCUGUGCUGGAUGCCGAACCAUGCCAUCACCUUGUGGAGCGUGCUGGUCAAACUGAACGUUGCAAACUGGGACAAAGCCUAUUACAUAGUCCACACGUAUGUGUUCCCUCUGACCGUCUGUUUGGCUCACACCAACAGCUGCCUGAACCCGAUUAUUUACUGCCUCAUGAGGAAGGAGUUCAGGAACAAACUGAGAAGUCUGAUACACGGAGGAUAAUUGUUUCGGAACUUUUGAGAAUGAAGUGAUGACAAACAGUAACGCGAGUGCGCACGGCUCUGGAGUGAGAGAGCAGACCUGUCGCAAAGCACAAUGAGAACAAGCACCAUCACGUCAAGACUAUUUACUCCAUUCUGCUCAUUGAAAAGUGGGACUUGCAUCAGCGCUUCUUGUCUUUGGGGGCUUGCGUAAUGUGGCUAAUUUCAAUAGAGAAACAGCUGUAUCUGGUUUUGGGCUUCACGCGUAAUUGCUAAUUUUGUGUAAGAAUAUUACAAUUAUGCGCACCGUGGCACUGCGUGUUAAAUAACCAUUAGGUGUGGUGUGUCUCUAGGCUUCAGUAAGUGACUAUGUGUGCGUAAUUGCGCAUUAGUGUGCUCGCGUUAUAACCGAACCAGUGAAAUGUUGCUGCGCGCUUUUUUUUUUUUUACACCCAUCUAUGAAUGUUUUUGCAACCAGUGCUUGUACAUUAGGUGUGUUUACCAGACAAUCCCGGAUGCAAACGCCACCUCCCUCCACCAUCACAGGUCAUGUGUUUAAGUUAUUGACUACAGCGUGACAAAAUCAAUCGUUUGGGCACCGGAAACAACGAAAUGUGUGAAAUGUGAUUGUUGUAA